AUGGUCGCGACCCUCCCGUUUGGCGACCUGCAGGUCCCUGUUCCCGGCUAUGGUGCCAUGGGCCUCAACAGCAGCUUAGGGACUGAUUUUAACUACGAGCAAUCCGAGCCAGUUCUUCUCAAAGCCAUCGAGCUUGGCUGUACAUUCUGGGAUACCGCAGUAGCCUACAAAAAUGGCGAAAACGAAAAGCUUCUUGGAGAGUUCAUCAGAAAGCACAAUGUUCGCGAUAAGCUUUUUGUUGCUUCUAAGUGUGGAUUUGACGUCUUUGGACCUGAGCGCAGAGUGAACAACUCCGCUGCGCAUAUCAAGCAAUACAUUGACGGAACGAUCGACAGGCUUGGUUUCACGCCUGAUCUCUACUAUCUCCACCGAAUUGAUCCCAACACGCCCCUUGAGGAGUCCAUCGGUGCUCUAGAUGAGCUUCGCCGCGCCGGUAAAACAAAAUACAUUGGUCUAUCCGAAUGCUCGGCUGAAACCCUGCGCAAGGCAAACGCAAUCGCCAAGAUUGACGCCGUUCAAGCCGAGUACUCCGCAUUUGAAACCUGCCACGAGAGCAGCGGCCUGAUCAAGGCGGCUAAGGAAUUAGGAGUGGCCUUUGUCGCUUUCAGCCCUCUGGGUCAUGGCUGGCUUGUGGAUGACUUCAAGUUCAAGUCACCUGAUGACUUCGCACCAACUGACUUCCGACGCACUGUCCCAAAGUUUCAGGGCGAGAAUUUUUACAAGAACAAGGCAAUCGUCGACUUGAUCAGAAAGCUGGCAACUCGCAAGGGCUGCUCGGUCGCGCAGAUCGCUCUAGCUUGGGUGGCAGCGCAAGGGUUAAUCUCUAUUCCAGGAACAACCCGUGCCUCCCGCUUGGAAGAGAACUGGGCAUCACGUAACGUUGAACUAACGGCAGACGAGCUGAACGAGAUGCGGCAGAUUGUGGAUGCAGCCAAGCCGGUUGGAGAGAGAUUCAAUGAAUUCUUUCAAGCGAUGGUUGGUCAUUAG